UGAGCAUCUCAUUCUUCUAACGAUAUUUGCCAACUGUUUUGCACUUGCCAUCUAUACACCGUUCCCUGCUGGAGAUAUCAACACAACCAAUGAGAACCUGGAGAGGAUUGAGUAUAUCUUCCUGAUCAUCUUCACAUUAGAAGCCAUCUUGAAGAUCAUUGCCUAUGGCUUCCUUUUUCAUUCAGGAGCCUAUCUCAGAAAUGCCUGGAACUUCCUUGACUUUAUUAUUGUACUUAUAGGAGUUAUGAGCACCAUUCUUUCACUAAGUGGGGACAAAGGUACGUCACUAGAUGUGAAAGCACUACGCGCCUUCAGAGUCUUACGACCACUUCGUCUUGUCUCAGGGGUUCCAAGUUUACAGGUGGUUCUUAAUUCCAUAGUCCGUGCCAUGGUGCCACUUCUUCACAUAGCCCUUCUUGUUAUAUUUGUCAUUCUCAUCUAUGCUGUCAUUGGUCUGGAGUUGUUUAUAGGAAAGCUACAUAGUACGUGUUGGGUUGACGUCAACGGCAUACGAGAGUUUGCCCAAGAGUCUCCCAACCCAUGUGGCAGGCGGGGAUUUAAUUGUAGUGAGUUAGGGCGAGGAGCUUACUGCGACGAGUAUUGGGAAGGUCCCAACGCAGGCAUUACUAACUUUGAUAAUAUAGGCCUUGCUAUGCUGACUGUGUUCCAGUGUAUUACAAUGGAAGGAUGGACAGAUGUACUUUAUGAUAUUACAGAUGCAGUCGGGUCUGGCCCUUGGGCCUAUUUUGUUAGCCUCAUCAUAGUGGGGUCCUUCUUUGUACUUAACUUAGUCCUGGGUGUACUUAGUGGGGAGUUUUCUAAGGAGAGGGAGAAAGCCAAAGCACGCGGGGCCUUUCAGAAAUUCCGAGAGAAGAAACAGAUUGAAGAGGAUCUAAGGGGAUAUCUGGACUGGAUCAUGCAAGCAGAAGACAUUGAUCCAGACACAGAGACGGAGCGGCACGGGGAGCCACCCAAACACGUACUCUGGAAGAGACUAGGCACUCUUAAUACUAAAGUUCCCAAGCCGAUGAGCGAGUCGGAUUCCUCAGAGAAAUCGGAAGAGCUUGGAAGCGGGGACCUCCCGAUGCAGUCAUGGGUGCAGAGGAAGAAGCAUCAAUUGAGGCGAUGGAAUCGUCGAUGUAGGAGGAUGUGUCGACAAGCCGUCAAAUCCCAAGCAUUCUACUGGAUUGUUAUCAUCAUGGUGUUCCUUAAUACAAUCAUCCUAGCCUCGGAGCAUUAUGACCAACCUAAAUGGCUAGAGGGCUUCCAAGAUAUUGGCAACUUCCUCUUUGUUGUCAUCUUUACUGUUGAGAUGAUCAUCAAGAUGUAUAGUCUCGGUUUCCAGGGUUACUUUGUCUCGCUCUUCAAUCGUUUUGAUUGCUUCGUUGUGUGCAGCAGCCUACUAGAGGUGGUCUUAAUGUAUGCAGAAGUCAUCCAACUUGGGAUUAGUGUGUUACGCUGCGUCAGAUUACUUCGGGUCUUCAAAGUCACUAGAUAUUGGGCAUCACUUCGUAACCUGGUAGCAUCUCUACUCAACAGUAUGCGCUCUAUCGCCAGCCUGCUUCUCCUGCUCUUUCUCUUCAUCCUCAUCUUUGCUCUUCUUGGGAUGCAACUCUUCGGCGGCCGUUUCAACUUCGCCGAUACCAAGGAGAAACCUCGUAGUAACUUUGAUAACUUCUGGCAGUCGCUGUUCACUGUGUUCCAGAUUCUGACUGGUGAAGAUUGGAAUGUUGUGAUGUACGACGGUAUCAGAGCGUAUGGCGGAGUCCAAUCUAUGGGUAUUGUGGCAAGCGUCUACUUUAUGAUCCUCUAUAUCUGCGGAAACUACAUCUUACUGAAUGUCUUCUUGGCCAUCGCUGUGGAUAACCUUGCCGAUGCGGAGAGUCUGACAGCCUUAGAGAAAGAGAAAGAGGAGGAGAAGAGAAACAAGUCGAUAAGACGAGCCAACCAGCUGGAUCUAUCCAAGCAGCUGCCUCCAGGAGUGGAUCCCAAGGGAGUCAUUCGGGGACCCAAGAGGUUGCAAGAAAAACGGAAAGCACUGAAUAAAGAGACUCCAUCCCCGGCUGCAAAUAACCACAAGGCAUCAGAAGAUGGUGAAAAGCAACUUAACAACGAUGAUGAUGAGGCAAAGAAAGCUCUUAAAGAACCUGGGGAGGACGAUGAAGAUGAGGAUGAAGAAGAAGAAACUGUGACGACUCAAUCAGCCAGGCCAAGACGUCUGUCUGAGAUUGACUUACGGAGUAAGAAGCAACCGAUGCCUAAGGAGAGCUCACUCUUUAUGUUCAGUUCGGAUAACAGAUUCCGUCAAGCUUGUUUCUACAUCGUGAACCAUAGCUACUUCUCAAACACAGUACUGGUUCUCAUCUUAGUCAGUAGUGGUAUGCUGGCUGCGGAAGACCCCAGAGGUAUCAACAAAAACUUAAAUAGGAUUUUAAAUUAUUUUGACUAUGGCUUCACAAUUAUUUUCACGGUAGAGAUUCUUUUAAAGGUCAUUUCCUACGGGCUAGUUAUUCACACAAGUGCCUUCUGUCGUAAUUCGUUCAAUCUACUCGAUAUGUUAGUCGUCACAGUUUCAUAUGUCUCCAUCGCUCUUCGAGCACAGCAGAAUGGCCAAGCUAUAUCAGCCGUGAAAAUCUUAAGAGUUCUAAGAGUGCUACGACCUCUCAGGGCCAUUAACAGAGCAAAGGGUUUAAAGCAUGUGGUUCAGUGUGUGUUUGUUGCUAUUAAGACGAUUGGUAAUAUCAUGAUGGUAAUGUUCCUUCUGGUCUUCAUGUUUGCUUGUAUCGGCGUUCAGCUGUUUAACGGCAAGUUUUCAUCAUGUACAGACGCUUCAAAGAUGACUAAGGAACAAUGCCAAGGUGAAUUCAUAGUGUACAAAGAUGGCAACUACUUACAACCACAAGUACAGGAUCGAAAUUGGACUUUAAAUGACUUCAACUUCAACAACGUGGCCAGUGGAAUGUUGGCGCUGUUUACCAUCUCAACCUUCGAAGGAUGGCCAAAGUUAUUGUACGUUGCCGUCGAUGCCAGUAAGAGUGGUAGAGGACCGAUCAGGAAUAAUCAACUGGGCGUGGCCAUCUUUUUCUUCAUCUACAUCAUCGUUAUAGCCUUCUUUAUGGUCAACAUCUUCGUUGGUUUCGUCAUCGUCACCUUCCAGAACGAAGGAGAACAGGAGUUCAAGAAUUGUGAGCUGGACAAAAAUCAGCGUCAGUGCCUAGAAUUUGCUCUCAAAGCCAAGCCGGGCCGCAAGUACAUUCCAAAGAAUUCAAAGCAGUUGAAAGUGUGGAAAAUAGUGACGUCGAGACCGUUUGAGUAUUUGAUAUUUGUGCUCAUCAUGAUGAACACUAUUGUACUAGCCAUGAAGUACUACAAUCAGCCAGAUAACUAUUCUGAAGUCUUAGAUAGAGUCAACAUAGUGUUCACAGCCAUCUUCUUAGUGGAAUGUAUACUUAAGAUAACUGCCUUCAAGUUAAAGAAUUAUGUACGAGAUUUAUGGAACUUAUUUGAUUUUGUGAUUGUCAUCGGUAGCAUCAUAGAUAUAAUUAUUUCGGAAGUAAAUACGGCUUCACAAAUGGGGACUGACAAUCGGUUUAGUAUCAACUUUUUCCGAUUGUUCCGAGUGAUGAGACUGGUCAAGUUGCUGAGCAAGGGAGAAGGCAUUCGAACCUUGCUGUGGACAUUUAUCAAGUCCUUCCAGGCACUUCCCUAUGUGGCCCUAUUAAUAGUCAUGCUAUUCUUUGUCUACGCAGUCAUUGGUAUGCAGAUGUUUGGUAAGAUUCAAACAACGCGAGAUGGACCUCUAAAUAGAAACAACAACUUCCAGACGUUUGUUGCAGCUCUUUUAGUACUUUUCAGAUCAGCCACGGGUGAGGCAUGGCAAGAGAUUAUGUUAGCAUGCGCAGACUCGCCUUCAGCAAAAUGCUACGUGGGAGAGGACGAAGUGGACGAGGGUUCGAAAUGUGGAACGGACUUUGCCUACUUUUACUUCUUGACCUUCUACAGUCUCUGCUCAUUUCUGAUCAUCAAUUUAUUUGUGGCGGUCAUCAUGGAUAAUUUUGACUACCUGACUCGUGAUUGGUCCAUUCUCGGGCCCCAUCACUUGGACGAGUUUGUUCGUAACUGGGCGGAGUACGACCCAGAGGCAACGGGUAAGAUUAAACAUCUAGAUGUGGUAGCAUUGCUGAGACAGAUUUCUCCUCCACUGGGCUUUGGGAAGCUCUGCCCGUAUAGAAUAGCAUGCAAGAGAUUGGUCUCGAUGAACAUGCCUCUGAACAAAGAUGGUACAGUCAUGUUUAAUGCAACACUCUUUGCUCUUAUCAGGACUUCUCUCAAGAUCAAAACUGAGGGGAACAUUGACAAGGCAAAUGAGGAAUUGAGAUCAGUGAUUAGGAAGAUAUGGAAGAGAACGAGCACUAAGAUGCUCGACCGUGUAGUUCCCCCUGCUGGAGCUGAAGAUGACGUGACUGUGGGUAAAUUCUAUGCAACAUUUCUGAUUCAGGAUUAUUUUCGGCGUUUCAAGAAAAGGAAACACGACAUGCUCAAGAUGCAAGGGCAUGAGCAGGGCACCGUGGCACUCCAGGCUGGUCUGAGAACGCUCCAAGAAAUAGGACCUCAGAUUAAGAGAGCCAUCUCUGGUAACUUGGAAGAGAUGGAUGAUGAAGUCAGUGAAGCUGUGGAGCUAGAUGAACCAUCACAUCGGAGGAGUCAUUCACUAUUUGGCAACAUGCUCCACCACAUGUAUCACAAUCGCCGUCAAUCCGCCCCGAUGACCAACUCACAUCCUCCAAAUCUCCCCCUAACGAACAACCUCCAAGUGUCUCCAUCCAAUACACAUCGAAAGCUGUCGCCGGCUAACUCCUUAAAUAGUUAUAGUUACACCCCACGUAGUCGUUCUCCCUAUAGUGUGUCAUCGGGAGGAGGAUCAUUCCGUGGAGGUCGGUCACCACAGACCGGUAACUCACUGCACGUAUCGUCACCAAACUCAACGGGUUUCUCACCGGUCGGUUCUCAGCGCUACUCGCCUAAUAAUAUGACUAAUAGGAAUCAUAGACACAGCUCCACAACAAGUAGAGAGGGCACCCAGCCCCUUCUAUCUGAAGAGGAUUCUCGAGCAGACCAACCAUACCGUAACAGUAUAGACGAUCCAAACUAUGGAACGCUCAGUCAGGGACUCAACCAGGGACGAGCAGAUAGCAUCAGUGAGUCUAGAGAGCCGUACCAGGAUCCAUACAGGGAACCGUACAGGGAUUACAGCCGAUUUCCUUCGACUUUCUCUCGGAUAAAACGAAGGCUGAGAGAGCCUCCACCGAAACUCACCACGGAAUGCUACGAGGAUGAAUCCGACAUCGAAGACGAUGCAUCGUCAGACAACUCCCACACUCCCACCUACCCUCUCCUGAGCCACGAACACACCCCAUCUCCUUCACGGAGCUCUUCCGGUUCAAGAAGUAUCAGCGCCUCACCUCAGACCUCCUCCCUGGUGCCGGCUGAUUUUGCUGUCUCCGAUUACCCGGUCGCCGAGUACCACGGUGACGACUCUAGUCUUCCAGUAGGUGAUUGCGAUAGUUUCAGAAGCUACCCGAUGCAGCGUAGAAUACCCUCGUUGACGCAUAAGACGUCGGGGUCUUCGCUUCUCUCGGCCUGUGUUGGGAAGCCGCAGGACAUCAGGCCGGCUUCGGAGAGAAAGACGGCGGUCCCGUUGAAGCUGGCACAAGCACAGGUGAUGGCCGUAGCGGGUAUGACACCAGAGGGUAAACCUCGAGACGAUGGUAGACCAAGUCUCUGGCUAACACCGCCCUCCUCUCCAAGGCGUGUCCGUUCCUCGUACCACACUCCGACCCCGCCUCGUGGGCGAGCACUAGGGAGUGGUAACCUCAUGCCUACUGAUAACAAUAACACAAAAGAACCAUUGGCACAACGUCAUUCGACUGGAGAGAUUGGAACGUCUCGGGAUCCAUCGUCGGCGUUCUUUAAGGCGUUGACGAAACCCAAAGUGCGUCAGCCGCUGAUACCCAAGGGUCAGAAGUCGAUUUCGAGUCAGAUGGAGAGUGUUGAGGGAAGUGCAGAGAGUCUAGUAGCACAGGUACUAGAAGAAGAAGGCAUCUCUCCCAUUCACGAUCGCGACCUCAUCACCACUGUCAAACGAGAACUUGCCGAAGCCUGCGACAUGACACACAUUGAAAUAGACGAAGCCGCCCAUAAACUCAUACAAGCCAACCAGGGUGAAACGCCACUGCCCUACUUCGACCACCUCAGUGGUUAUGAGCUCCAGGACUAUACGCAGCGAUCCUCUCCUCACGAACGCACCCCGCUGGGCGAGGGCAGGCUUCACCUCGACAGUGAAAGUAGCGAACCAGAGUCUGAGGACGAGAAGCCCAUAGCAACUGACCCUGAGCAGGACAUGGUUUAUGUCACAACUCUCUAGCAGGCAUGUUAGAUUUUGACAUGCCUCUUAAAUUAACAAGAUGUAAUAUAUUUCUUCAUAGAUUCCACUCUUCACAGAUCAGUUUUUUUGUAUUUAAUGCAAUUUAUGUUUUUUUUUACAACUCAAAAAGACUUGGAGAGCUAUUUGUGGAAGAGAACUUUACGUUUUAUCGCAAGGAUUUUUAUCAUGUUCCGUUGUUUCUUAUUGGAAUCAGUGUUAUCGGCGUCCUGUCUGAAGUUAUACUGGGAAACAUCAUUCUACUUCUUCCUUCAGGAGGGUCGACAAAACUAAAUUUUCAUAGGCAGUGACUUAUUUGUAGCUGUCAAUAUUCAGACCCUAUGGACUAUAUUUAAAAAACAACUUCGCUAUAAAAGUGGAUAGUCUCCAACAUCCUUCGGAUUUAUCAUCAUGUGAUCAUUCAUGUUGCCCGUCUUCUUUGAUAAAUUACAUAGAGUUUGUGGAAGUUGCAAGAAAAUUUCUCAAAGUUACCUACGCUAGAAACUCUCUACCAACUUGGCUGCCUCGUGGGACCAUCAACAUUUCUUUGAUCACUUAUAGGAGAAUACACCAAGACACUUCUCCAACGUGGUUGUGUGUAGCCAUCACUACCAAGACACUUCUCAAGAACCGUGGUUGUGUGUAGCUUUCACUACUGAUGAGACACUCCAAAAGAACCAUGGUUGUGUGUGGUCCUUACUACCAAACACUCCAAAAGAACCAUGGUUGUGUGUGGUCAUUACUACCAAGUCACUUCUCAAGAACUGUGUUUGUAUGUAGCCAUCACUAUCAAGCACUCCAAAAGACACGUGGUUGUGUGUAGCCUUCACUAGCAAGACACUCCCCAAGAACUGUGGUUGUGUGUAGCUAUCACUCCUAUAACACUCCUCAAGGACUGUGGUUGUGUGUAGCCUUCACUAGCAAUACAUGCCCACAUCCUCAAGAACUGUGGUUGUGUGAAGCUAUCACUCCUAAGACACUACCCAAGAACUGUGGUUGUGUGUAGCUAUCACUAGCAAGACACUCACCAAGAACUGUGGUUGUGUGUAGCUAUCACUCCUAAGACACUCCUCAAGGACUGUGGUUGUGUGUAGCCUUCACAAGCAAGACACUCCUCAAGAACUGUGGUUGUGUGUAGCUAGCACUCCUAAGACACUCCUCAAGGACUGUGGUUGUGUGUAGCCUUCACAAGCAAGACACUCCCCAAGAACUGUGGUUGUGUGUAGCUAUCACUCCUAAGACAUUACUCAAGGACUGUGGUUGUGUGUAGCCUUCACUAGCAAGACACUCCCCAAUAACUGUGCUCUUAUGUAGCAUCACUACUAUAAAUGCAUGGGUUAAAGUGAUUAAUGUUGGAAGGGUACAAUUCAUGGCAUCCAUUUUGGUGAGCAUUUUAUGGCAGAAGAUAUGCCCAAUAUUUACUCAUUUUUUAAGACAAUGGCUUAAUACCAUUGUAUCUCAACCAUGUUGAAUGAACCAAGUUCCUCAUGUAGGUUGAUAAACAAACAAGAACGUCCUCUAAAGAAAUAUUUGCUGACAUUGUCGUUGAUUAAAAAAUUUUAAAAAUGACAGCAUUUGAAACAGUUCCCAGGAUGUUAUAGCAUCCCUUAACAGUUGAAUGCUAAUUAAGUUUUCAACGAGUUAUUAAUUGGUGCAAUUUCUGAUUUUUUCUUAUUUCACACUUACACAUUGAAUGUUUUAUAAUAAGUCAGACGUGAGAGCUUCUUUCUAAAUUUCUUUCUCGGUGUGAAACUUUUCAUUCUUAAAUCGUCAGUAAACAAUGACUUCAGAAGAGUGAGAUCAUUGCUGUGGUAGUGUAUUAUAGAUUCAUGAGUUCACUCUUUUCUGUUCACUUUUCACUCACUUAAUUAGCAGAGCUAAUACACUGGUGCCUCUAACAGUGUUCAUUCCACGGUUUUAAAUAUAUAUAUAUUAUUAUAUCAAAUUUUAUCAAAACCAUUUUUGUAUCUGAUAACUGGGGAGUAUUUCUGGCUGUAUCAAAAUGUUUAGUCAUGUUGGCUUGUGUCUUUCUGUAUAUAAAUAGGGAACGUUGGAAUAGACGUGUAGGCCGACUAGAUAUUUGAUAUUAUUGUUGAGUAUUGCUUUCGGCAUUUUGUUUGUGUCACUAUGUGUCUAUACGAUGGAUUAUUUUAAACAGUAUGCUCCAAUCACAUUCAUUCGUUCCACAGAAAGUGUUUCCUCAUGCACGGUAUAGUGUGUUCGGGGGCGGAGUCUGAAUUUCAGAGGGGGGGACUCUCUCGAGAAGAUUGCUUUCUUGGGCUUUUAUCGGGUUUUUUACAGUACUAUCUUGAUUCAACAUAGCUCUGUGAAGAUGUUUCUUUAUGGGGGAGGGGUUCUAUUUUGAAAAGUUGUCAGCUUUCUUGCCUUAAUUUGUACCACUCAAUUGGUAAUUUAUGUAUCAUAACAAAAGAUAUUUGCUACAUUUGUUUGGUUUAAUCACACACUCACAAAUCCAAACUAGGCACAAUAAUGAGCAUUUCAUGUUUUUUUUCUAGCUUCCGAAAUAUUAAUCUUCAAUUCUUGUGGUUAACUUUGCAUAUUUCCCUGACUUUCAUUUGUAAACCUUUGUAAAACUGUAGUCUUGGUCACUGUGAUACAGCCCAUAUUGAGGCAAUGUAUAAACAAAAGGCUGGUGCCUGUGACAUGGCAUUCAGCUCCACAGCAAUUAUCAGUAAUUGAGCGGGGAAGGUGACCAGUGUGGCUGCAAUUGUUUGAUAUUUUUGUUUCACCACUUUUGAUGUUAAUCUGUAACAAUUGUAAAACAUUGUCUAUGUGUGUGUGUGUGUGUGUCAUGUAACAUUGUGUCUACUAUAAACUGUAUAAUAUAACUUGGACAAAUAUCACAGCUUUCUUAACAUAAACCAAAAUGAAAAACACAAAAUAUGAACUAUUUUAUAAAUGAAGAAGACUAUUUAUUUAUUGCUUAUAAAAUUUGGUGAGAUAUCCGGCUUUUUUGCAUGGUUGUUUAGUGAAGCAAUUUUGGGGUGCUCUAUUAGAAGCGUCAGCAUGUAGGCCUACAGAGAUUGUACAGUCAGUUUACUUUCUGUUUCUUGGUUGAUUUUCCUCCAAAAUACUCCAUGAAAGAGUUUUGACUGAAGGUCGCGGAGGUCGGACAAAGGAAGAAUAGUCUUUUCAUUAUUCUAUGAACAAUUUCCCACAAGUCAAUAAUCAAGUCAAUAGUCUUUGUGAAAGGUAUUUCGGGUGACCGAAAAUCGGUUUGUUGAAAGGAUUUAUAGUACUUAUUAAAACUAUAGUGCAAUCUUUCAAAAGAAAAGAUACGGGUGUGCAAUACUUGAUGUGCUUUCAAAAAUGGUAAUACAUGUAGAUACCUCUUUUUUUGAGGCGAUCUGUUAUCAUAGUCAAACAUUAAUAUAACAACAAAAUCGAUACAGUUAAAAAUUCAGAUGAACGUGUCAUUGAUAAAGAUAUUGCUUCACUGUUCCCUAUGGCACAUCACACAGGAAGGUUAACCAAUUUACGUAGUACCAGCGUAUAUUACGACCUCGAACCUGGGGCUGUUUUUGACGCUAGAAAGACGACCACUCACGAAGUGGGGAUUUAUAACUCGUGUUCCCCUCAGAGCAUGCAUGUGCGUCUUUGUACAUGAAGCACAUCACAUGAUUGGUUCUCGACCAAUAAAAAUUCACAAUCUAUAACCGCGGUAUAUAACAAGAAAAAGGGAUGAUGGACAUUCAGUGCUUGUGGGAAAAAGUCUGUCUUAUUAUUUUGAUACAUUCACUUUAAAGUUGUUUUGCAACUGGAGCUAAAUUCAAUCAAGAAUUGGUUCUUUAUAUUUUGCAAAAUAAUUCAACAAUGAAUUUAACGUAUUACAGCAAUAUCAUAUUUUUCUUUAUUUUCUUUACUAUGAAACAUAGUGGAAUCAACCAAAUGAUGUUUGAGAGCUUUUGAGAAUCUUGUGAAAUAUUUUACUACAUGUUUAUUUGUUCCUUUUCUAUUAUACACUUUGUGCAGUUUGUAACAUCGUCUUUUAUUUCAAAACGAUUUCAAUGUUUCAGUUUUCGAUGAUUUGAUGAAUACAUUUUCUUUCCGAAGCUAAUUGCUGUUGGUACUGGUGCCCCUUCAAAACUUUCCCAUCGACUUUCCAAUAAAAGUGCCAUUUUCAAAAUCAAAAUGGCCUUGCCCGCUCAAAGCUGAAAUGACAGGCCUGCUUAGAUUGAAUUAGUCACAAUAUUGGUUAUAAAUUAUUGUACAGACCACCCCCACACAUCCGCCUCACCCCCUCCCCAAAUGUAUUCAGGCAUAAGAAUUCAAUAUUGUAAUACCGACCCACACCCAUGAUCCAAAUGUAUAAAAAAUUCAAUAUUGUAUCAAAAUACCAGAAUGUUUUCUUGAAAUGGAAACAUUAAUCUGAGACUCAUUUUUUUCUUGUAAUUUAUUGCCGUGGGUAAAGUGCCAAUUUGAUGUCAUACUCCCCUUAAAUGUGCAAUGUUGACGAUAGAUGAAUAAUUUGCAGCAGAGAUAUAAGGCAGUGUGUAUAAACAAAGUAUAUUAUAUAUAAGACAGGUUGGAAAAUCAAUCAAUCGGAUAUUGAAUUGUUGUAAUUAUCCAUAAAGUUAAACAAUUCUGAGCUGGUCUCACAGAAGUGUUCUCAAAAUGAGAUUAUCAGAACUAUUGCCUAUCGUCAAAGGGAGAAGAAAACACUUUAAAGGAAUAUUACAGAAUUGGUUUUUGCUAACAGUUGCUGGCAUUGUAUGCACUUUAUGUAGUCCACCAUAUACAUAAACUGACAAACCUGUAGAAGUGAGAUCGAUUGGCCAUCUGGGUUACAAAAAAAUUGUGGAAAAAUUAUUUACACAUUUUGCAUGACAUCGAUAAACAGCAAAAUUAUCAACUUGCUCACUGAGCGAUAAACUCCAAACAGGAAACUAGUUUUAUUUGUUUCUCAUCAAAGAUGAUAUUUCAUACAGAAAUAUUUCAAGGGAUGUAUUCUACUAUCAUCAUUCGACCGUGUAAUAGUUGUAAAUCCUUGAUCUUAGACAAGUUUUUUUCUUACCAAUUCUGUAAUGUUCCUUUAAAGCAAAGGAAUUGACUCACGCCAUUAAGUGCCCUAGACUGCAACAUGUAAUGUACUCACAUGUUUAAAAAAAAAAAGCUAUAUUUCUUGUAGCACUCUUAAUGUGUAUUCUAAAGCUUUAUAACCAAGUUAUUCAUGUUGUCUUGUGGAUGUAUGAAAACUAUAUCAAAAAAAUCAGCUGUGUUUAUAUCAUAGUAUGCUCAUCAACUUCUUGUUUACACUUCACACCAAAAAGCAACAAAAAACAAAUAUUUUCCUAAAAGUUGAAACGUGAAUUUUACAUAUGUUAAACAGUGGCAGGCCCAAAUAUUAAAUCCUUACCAUCUCAUAUUCCCUCUUAGCAAAGUUAGCAAAAUACUCCCAUUGUUCAGGAAGCUCCUACUAUUUCUUCCAGUUCCACACCCACCUUAGAACUGUUUUGUCUUCAGACUCGACGGGAUUGUCAAGUACAACCCAUUAUACCCCACAAAUUGGAGUAUAUUUUUUGACUAUUUUGUAAUUAAUAUUUUUGGACCAAAUAUUAUGUGUGGGUGUGUCUUCAAGAUUGUUAUAUUAUUAUUGGCUCUGAACUGUAGCUUUUGAUUACAUACAUAGCCCAAUAAUCCCUUUCUAUUGCCGAUAAACAAACCGGGCUGGCAAGAGCAUGGAUGGCCGAAUGUUUAUUAAACAUUCAAGACAUUUCUUGCAAAUUUAACAGUGAAAAAAAAAAUAAAAAAAUGUUGCUUUGCUUCCAUCAAACUCAACACUACUUUUGAAUAUUUUGUGUAACAUUUGUUACAAACUGUGGCUAACUGUUUUUGCUUUGGGCAUUUAUGGCUUCCCAUAGACAAGCUUCCCAACCUUGGUUGGCCAAACUUGGGCUGCGCGUCUAUAGCUCAUUCAUAUAUGCAUUCUUAACUGAACUGUGAUCGGCCCCUAUGCCAAAAUCAGGUAGUUCUCAGAAAUGAAAGACAUGAAGAAGAAAAAAUUCUGUCAUUAUAUUAAUGACCUUCAGAAAAAAAAUUUGUUAAAAAAAUAAUAAUAAAGACUAACGAACACCCGGUUUUCAGAAUGGGAAAGAUGACUCUUGAGGGUGCUUUUGUGACCCGUUUUGGGGGGUCGCCAUUUGAAAAAAAAAGUAAAAGAUUGUGUCCAUAUAAGUUACUGGGUAAUUAUCUGAGAUACAUACUUACAUCAAUAACAACUAUAUUAGGUGUUAUUUGAAUGUUCCUAUUCACAUUAAAUUUUGUGUGAUGAGCAAAUUAACCCAGUUUGGAAUUUUUGUCAGAAAGUGCCAGGUUUUCGUAAGAAGUGUCACAUAGGCCUAUGAGCCAAGUUUUUUAGUAACAAAAAGAAAUCAGAAAGAUGGCAUCAGACAAUGAGUUUUGUGAUGUUUUGAGGUUUUCUAUAUUUCCGAACCCGUCAGGGACAAACCAUGAACAUAUUGAAGCAGCUCUUGGGAUGAUAUAUUGUUUUUUAUUUGUCAACACGCACCAGGCUCAUUCUCAAACUGGUCUUGUUUCUAUCAAUUUGUGUUCUGUAUUUAAAUUUCAAAUGUAAAUACAUGAACAUUUUACAAGAACUUGGCUUUUACAAUCACUUCCUUUUCAAAACACUUGUUGACAACUAUCAUCACGAUCCCACUUACCAGCUUUGUUAUUAAACUGUUCCUUUUGUUUAACAAAAUGUAUGCAAAUCAUUGGAGUCACAACCCUAUUGUAAAUGUAUGUAUAAUGUUGAGAGAAUGAAAAUAGGGGCCUAUAAAUACUAACACUGAUCUUUUAUGUUGUCUGAAUAUUCACAUUUUAACACUUGCUAUUUAUAUAUACGCAUCAUUCUUUGUGGAAAUAAAAAAGUACUUUUGAAAAGUGUAAUUAUUUGAAAGAAAAAGGCAUUUAUAUAUCCUAGAUUUUUCUAUAUGGUAGAUAACAUUGCGUUGAUUGUAUUUACACUAUCCCCUGUACCAUAGCCCAUGGACUGUUUGAAUAAAACAAGAAAUGUAACAUAUUCAACAUA